UUGUCCGGAAGUCGGUGAAUCAAUUGCUAUCUGCGCGUAUUAACUGGUAACUCGGCAAGUCAAGGAUCAGUUAACGUUCUAUCAUCGUGGGGAUCGGAUCGUAGGUUUUAGCCACGCGGUUCUCACGUGUAUUAUCAGGCCUAUAUUUUUCUUUUUAUUAAUUACUGUGAUCAUCUUUUCCGUGCCUUUACGCGUGUAACAUUUUUAACAAAAGAACAGUGGUCUUUAAAUUAGUGAAAUUUUUCUAAAAAGAAAAAGAUCGAUUAAAUAAAAUCAGUGGAUCAAUAAAAUUGAUAAAUAAUUACGACAAUAAUUAAGGUACGCAUAUCUAUCACGAGGUGCUGAUGAUUAUUUGAAAAUAGGAAAAAAUGUGGCUGAAGGAUGUGCAUGACGACGCCUUACUGGCUGCGAAUUUCGUGAACUCGCGACGCAGCGUCCAAAACGAAAUUUUUGUGAAUCGUAGCCUUCAUUUAGAAAAUAUCAAGUUCUAUGGAUUCGACAUGGAUUACACGUUAGCAGAAUACAAGUCGCCACAAUAUGAACAACUGGGUUUUACACUGUUGAAAGAUCGUCUAGUGUCCCUGGGAUAUCCACAGGAAAUUAAAGCAUUCGAAUAUGAUCCCAGUUUCCCGGUGCGAGGACUUUGGUUCGACACUCUUUAUGGGAACCUCCUUAAAGUAGAUGCCUAUGGAAACAUCCUAGUUUGCGUUCAUGGUUUUGAAUUUUUGAAACAUUCACAAGUAUACGAACUUUAUCCGAAUAAAUUUUUACAAUUAGACGAGUCCAGGGUAUACGUGCUCAAUACAUUGUUCAAUCUUCCUGAGACAUAUUUAUUAGCCUGUUUGAUAGACUUUUUCACGAAUUCACCGCAAUACACGCGAGAAAAGACAGGGGUAAAAGAGGGAGAGCUUACAAUGAGCUUUAAAAGCAUAUUCCAAGAUGUACGAAACGCUGUAGAUUGGAUACACCUUCACGGUAAUUUAAAAACGAAAACUAUCGAGAAUUUGGACGAAUACGUGAAGAAAGACAAGAGAUUGCCGAUGUUUCUUAAUAGAAUCAGAGAAAGUGGAGCAAAAAUAUUUCUUUUAACGAAUAGCGACUACGUCUUUACUGAUAAAAUUAUGACUUAUCUUUUCGAUUUUCCACAUGGUGCAAAGCCUGAUGAACCGCAUAGAAAUUGGAAAACGUAUUUUGAUACUAUCGUAGUAGAUGCUAGGAAACCAUUAUUUUUUGGCGAGGGUACCAUUUUGCGGCAAGUAGAUACCAAAACUGGAGCUUUGAAACUUGGAACACACAAGGGCCCACUUCAUACAGGAGAAGUUUACUCAGGAGGUUCCUGUGACGUAUUCACCGAAUUGAUAGGUGCAAAGGGUAAAGACGUAUUAUAUGUUGGUGAUCAUAUCUUCGGUGAUAUAUUGAAGAGUAAGAAGAUCAGAGGAUGGCGAACAUUUUUAAUAGUGCCUGAACUGGUGCAAGAGCUUCAUGUUUGGACGGACAAAUGUCAAUUAUUUGCCGAGUUACAGAAUUUAGACGUUAUGCUAGGAGAAAUGUACAAAAAUUUAGAUAGCAGCACAAAAGAAAAACCUGAUAUUUCCAAGUUGCGAGCAUCUAUAAGAGACGUCACGCACAAAAUGGAUUUAUCUUAUGGAAUGAUGGGUUCGUUAUUCCGCAGCGGAAGUAGGCAAACAUUUUUCAGUAGUCAAGUAGUAAGGUAUGCUGAUCUUUAUGCAGCAACCUUCUUAAACCUCAUUUAUUAUCCAUUUUCAUACAUGUUUCGAGCUCCUGCUAUGUUGAUGCCUCACGAGAGUACAGUUGCUCAUGAACAGAGAUUUGUUAUGGAAACGCCAAUGAUUAGUCGAUCUCGGACAUUCAAACUUACUGAUGAAGAAGAAGAAGAGAAUAAACCUACUAAAACUUUGUACGUGGAUUGUCCGAAUAAUCAAAUACCACACCCAAGGCCAGAAACUCCACGUAAUGUAACGCAUACCCACGAUGAAGAUUGUAGUGAUGAAGACAGUGAUUCUCAGAAACAAGCAAACCACAUAAGAUCGUGUACAAGGAAUUCUAAUUGUAAAUGAAUUACCUUCACUGACAUUUCAUUUGGUUACAUUUUGUUCUUGCAUUCUUUUUUGACCAUUUACUAAUAUCACGCAAGGAUUCAGUAGAAUCUUGCUAUAUAAACAUCUAUGUUUAAAAAUCUUGAUCAAAUCUAUUGAAAUUAAUCAAUAAUAUAUCUCAUUCCUUUGUUUGCAUGAGAAAAAUUAUUGUAAUUGCAUUAAGUUUCCAUCACAUUCAUAAAAUAUAUAUUCCCGAAUGAUUAUAAUAUAUAAUAUUAAUACAUAUAAAGAGAAAGGGUAAAAAACGAAGAAUGUUAAUUUUUCUUGAUUUUCCAUUUUAUAACACAUUGUUCUGAUUUGAUAGUUUUGUAGCCCCAGUUCUCAUAAAAUUAUAAUGUUCAAAAUGUCUCCAUAAGAUAGCAUUAACAAUUUGAUAUGCUGGCUAAACACAGAAAAUGUUUACUCUGUAUUAGAAUGAAACAUGGAUAAAAAUGAUGAAUAUUUUAUUAAUUAUUCUUUUUUAUGAUUUUUAAGUAAGAUAAAAACUUAAUUCAUUCAACAUUGUUCCUUCUCUAGUGGACUAAAAUAUUAAAACUUAAUUUUUUCAAUAAAGUUAUUUUGUGACAUUCCUCGUUUCUUACCCUUAUCAUUAUGGAAACUAAAUUUUUUUUAUUAUCACACAAAAUACGAGUCGAGAAGUUACAAAAUAUAAAUUAUUAUAGAUAUCAGUGUAAAUUAGUUUACACAUAUAUAUUUUUUCGUUGAUUUAAUUCAAUAUUUAUUUAAAUAUAUGUAAAAUAGUACAAGGUAUAACAAAAAGAUUUAGGUACUCGUAUACAAGUUCAUAAGUUAGUACAGUUGAACCUCGUUUGUUCGAACAUGUCGGAGGACAUAACAGUUCGGAUAACCAAACAGUUCCAAUAAUAGACGUUCACACGUAUAUUCGUUAUAAGAAUAAGUGUUUAUAUGUAUUAUGAAAUUACGCUCGACCGUAGUUCGGAUAAUUGGGGUUCAGCAUUAACUUUUUUGGAUAAACGAAGUUCUACUGUAUAUUGUAUAUUGUACUAGAACCUAUUCAAAUAUAAUAUAGUUAUUCAUCUAUUUAUAUCAAUAACGUAUUUUUUUAUAAAGGACAAUAGAAUUGGUGUUUUAUUGAUUAUUAACAACAGAAUAACGUUUUUUGAUUGUAUGUUAUUUUCAACGUGAAUGAUUCUCGCACAAGAAAUUGGCGUUUAUAGAGAUAUUAAAUAGACACAAUAUUGAAGAAAUAUAUCCUAAUAUUGAAUUUUUCUAGUAAUGUGUGUACUAUAUGUUUUAUAAGUUCAAUCUUAUACGAUAUAAUUAUAAACCUGUUAUGUAUUGUAUAUAAAUGUUGUAAUUAUUGAAAAUAGUGUAAGUUUGAGUAGUAGGCUAGUCUUUUUACAUGAAAUUUUAAUUAUACAAAAAGAAUGAUAUAGUAAAAUUUAAAGUAAAAAAAUUGACUUGAACUGUUAUUCAUUUUUUGUUAUAUAAAUUGAAUGCAUAUAAAAUGUGCUUUUUUUUUGUAUCUAUAUAGAUGUAUAACUUUAUUACCAUCAAACAAAAUUUAGAAGUACAAGAUUACUAAACUGUUUUACAAAAGAUAAACCCCCAUAUUCAUUAUAUACAUAUAUACGAAUCAAAGAAUAAUAUAAUUUGUACAACUCAUAAAUAUUAUAAACUAGAAACUUCAGUUUAUGCUUUCAUUUGCAAAUUUCAAUCAAUGUAAUUUAUGAAAUGAUUUGUAUUAUGUAUAAAAAUGGAAGUUUUACUCUUUUCUCAAUGAAAUAGGAUAUAUCAACAAUAAUAAAAGAAAUAAAAAUUGUGCAUUAAAAUUAUUUAAAUCUUAUGGCUAACUCAAAAAUUUACUUUAUUGUCAAUAAUGUACGUGGUUGUUGAAAAUAUUUGACUGCAAUAAAAAUAAAUAGUUGUAUUUAUUAUACAAUAUACACAUAUAUGUAUAUAUAUACACAUUAUUACCUGUGGUGCUAGAUUUUUUCACAACAAGGUUUUGUUGUAAAUGUAAGUAAAAAAUAACAACAGUUAUCUAAGUGUGUAAAAGUUAAAAAAUAUGUACUAAGUCUUGUUAUCAUGCAAUAUAAGGAUAGAACAUGAGUUACGCAUCAAUCAAAAUAAAGAUACAAUAACUGCAAA